GCACGUGUCUGGAACAGAGAGAGAAACGAAUGCUAUAUAAACACGAGCGAUGAGAGGAAAAUCACCAUUUACAUCAGAGACAACAGAGACUUCACACACACACACACGAGAUGAGUUCGCCGUCCUUUAUCCUGCCGGAUAGCCCGCCUCCGCAGCAUGUGCUAAACUACUGGCAGCGCAAAGCUGCCGAGUCCUGUGCCAGCUCUUCUGCUGCUCCCGCCUCCGCUCCUGCCUCCACUGCAGCCGCUCCACACCGUCCGACAUCACCAGGGGGCGAGAUGGUGAUUCCGGACAUCCCCAUCCAACGCUUGCGUCCAGCAGCUACGUGGGCUCCGCGGCGUGCUGUGUUGACGACGCUGUCGAACAACAUCAGGCAGAGGCAGGCGAAGAGGAAACUCGACUUCGAGGAGGGUGAAGUCAGCGGCGAAGAGGAUAGCGUGCUCCCUCAAUCAAAGAAACGUAUGCUGGAUGAGGACUCCUCUCUCGUACCCUUAAUAAAGGAGGCUGAAUUGGGCUUUGUAGAACUCGUUAACAAACCACUACCCAAGCCAUGGGUCCCGUUGCGCGAGUUAGAGGAGGAUCAACCAUACCGCAUCGUGUCGGCGAGGGAGCACACAAACCAGCACGGCCGACGCAUAAUUUUAAAAAUAAUCAAUGCAGGAAGCAAAUGCGAGGUGUAUCUACCUCAAAGAUUCGCUUCCUGCAUUGAUGCGGGAAAAAUUCUGCAAUUCAACGAAACGUGUAAAAAUUAUGUGUUAGUAGUUACGCAUAAGUGCCCAAAUUGGACAGAUAUAAAAAUUGUUAAAGCUUAACAAUUUUUAUAUCUGUAUACAAUUUGGACACUUAUGUGUUACGAAUUGUAUAGAUGUAUGUGAAUAGUUGAAUAGAUCAAUAAAAUGU